CUCGAAAAUGGCCAACAAUUCAGUUUCUUACUUGGUAUUCCUUUUGCUCGUCUUCGUUGUUGCAAUCUCAGAAAUUGGGACUGUCAGUGGAAAAAUAUGUGAAAAACCAAGUAAGACUUGGUUUGGAGACUGCAAAGAUACAGAUAAGUGUGACAAUCGGUGUAUAGAUUGGGAGGGUGCAAAGCAUGGAGCUUGUCAUGAACGUGAAGCUAAACACAUGUGCUUUUGCUACUUUGAUUGUGAUCCCAAGAAGAAUCCAGGGCCACCACCAGGGGCCCCGGGAACACCAGGGGUGCCUCCUGCUCCUCCAGGAAAGGGUGAAGGAGAUGCUCCUCAUCCUCCUCCUACUCCAAGUCCUCCUGGAGGUGAUGGAGGCAGUACACCAGCUCCUCCUGCAGGUGGUGGAUCACCUCCUCCCGCAGGUGGUGACGGAGGAGGUGGGGCACCUCCUCCCGCAGGUGGUGAGGGAGGUGGUGGAGGUGGAGCACCGCCAGCUUCUUAGGCGAGAAAGAGCCAAAGUCUUGAAUAGAAAACUUUAUAUAUAUUUGAUUAUGAAUAAGGCGAACGUACAUGCUUCCAGCUUGUAAUUUGGUUUGCAUGUAUAAUAAAACCUCAUGGGUUCAAUUAUAAGUAUGUAAUAUAUUUGCAUAUAUAAUGUCCUGUUGAUGUUGCAA